AUGACCGUUUUUCGUGAGCCCGACUCGCCUGGUUCGGCGUCGCCGCGGGCGCAGAGGAAGCGCCUGCUGCCUCGCCCCGUGCUCGACGCCGUCGCCGGUGCCGUGUCGGGCGGGGUGGCGCGCGUCGUGGUCUCGCCGCUCGACGUCAUCAAGAUCCGAUUCCAGGUGCCUCCCAAUUCCAUCCGAUUCCAGGUGCCUCCCGAUUCCAUCCGAUUCCAGGUGCCUCCCGAUUCCAUCCGAUUCCAGGUGCCUCCCGAUUCCAGGUGCCUCCCGAUUCCAGGUGCCUCCCGCGCCAUGCCCCCUCCUCCUCUCACCCCCCCCUUCCCCCCCUCUCCAUCUCCGCCAUUGCCUCGGAUCGUACUCAUGCCUUCACGCUGCAUAGUGCCGCCCCGCGAUCCGUUUUUCGCCGGCAUGCUGCAACGCAGCUGCCGUGUCUUCUCUCCGCGAUCGCCCAAACAGGCGCGCACUUACAUCUCACCCUACCCGCAGCGCGCCCUCCAGCAUCUCACGCCGUUGCCCCGUCCGCCCGCCCCGCCGCCCUCGCGGUCCCCGCAGGUGCAGCUGGAGCCCAUCCACGCGCCGCAUGCCGUCGCCGCCGCCACCUCCGCAGCUGGGCGCGCGGCGGCGACGGCGGCGGCGGGCGCGGUGCGCGCGUCGCGGUCCAAGUACACGGGGCUGCUGCAGGCGGCGCGGGAGAUUCUCCGCGAGGAAGGCGUGCAGGGUUUCUGGCGGGGCACGGUGCCGGGGCUGCUGCUCGUCAUGCCCUACACCGCCAUCCAGUUCGUCGUCAUCCACCGCUUCAAAUCGCUCAUGACCGGCUCGCACCGCACAGAGGACCACAAGCAGCUGCGGCCCGAGCUGUCAUUCGUGGGGGGGUCAGUGGCGGGCAUGGCAGCCACGGUGGGGUCGUACCCCUUCGACCUCCUGCGCACCGUGCUGGCUUCACAAGGCGAGCCCAAGGUGUAUUCCGGCAUGAGGGCGGCGUGCAUGGGGAUAGUGAGGGAGCGCGGGGUGAGGGGGCUGUUCGCGGGCCUGCCGCCCACCAUGGUGGAGAUCAUUCCCUAUGCCGGCCUGCAGUUCGGCCUCUACGACGCCUUCAAGCGCCAACUCGCUCACUACAACUGGUCGCGCUCCAAGGCUCGCCACGACCGCCCCGUGUCGCUCGCCCACUCGCACCUGCCCUCCACAGCCCCAUCCACCGCGCCCCUCUCCCCAUCACCAUCACCCUCACUCUCACCAGCAGCAGCCCCGCCAGCCAUGGCAUCGGCAGUGGAGCGGGCGGCACGGCCUGGCGUGUCAGCGGGGCAGCUGAGUGCAUGGCAGCAGUUCAUGUGUGGGCUGGCAGCGGGCACACUGGCUAAGGUCGCCUGCCACCCACUCGACGUCGUCAAGAAGCGAUUCCAAGUGGAGGGGCUGCGGCGCCAUCCUCGGUACGGAGCACGCAUUCAGCCGAGGGCGUACCGGGGCAUGAUAGACGCGCUGCGUAAGAUAGUGGCCACCGAGGGUGUAGAGGGGCUCUACAAAGGCGUGCUGCCUUCCGUCAUCAAAGCCGCCCCAUCUGCUGCAAUCACCUUCUUUGUCUAUGAGCUUGUCGCAAAAUUCCUUGAGGAAAUGUCCUCAACAGAAGUCUAA